AUGCCGGACUUGAACUCUGUGCCCGCUUCUCCUCACCCAACGAGAUCAUCUUCACGUCGCCAGUCCAGCAGCCUUCAGAUGGCUACCGCCACGGCUGCCGCCCCAGCCGACCGCCGCCCGUCGCCGCAGCUCACGUCUGCCCAGCUCGCCCAGCAGCCCGAGUCCGCCAGCGGCCCUGGCCCUUUACGGCAUCCUCGUCCCAUGACCGCGUCUGAGCUUCACAUGCAGCUCGAAAAAGAACAAGAAGCUUUGGUCAACCGCCUCACCCGCGAACUAUCCCUGCUGCGAGCCACUCACAACGCCUCUGUAGCGUCUAAUGCGUCCUCGGCCUCUGCGGCGACCAGUCACGAUCCCAUCGCCGAGACAUCACUGCUGUCAGGAUCAGGCUUCUCCAUACCCACGACCAGGCGCCACCAUCGCACCUCGUCCACCGCCAGCCAGAGUCACCAGCUGGCAUCUUCCUUCGAAGGCCGCGGCACACACUUUCCCCGACCGCCGGCGCCGGUACCACUGUCGAGACAGGAUAGCACCCAAUCUCGAUCCAGCCAGGCCGCGCCGGGCGGCGGCGUACAUCUUACUGGUGCCGGAGCAGCUGGCGGUGCAUCGGGGUUGGAUCCCUCCAGCUACUUCCAUCACCAGCGUGUGCCACACCAUACUUCGAGCAAUUCCGUUGCCGCGACGCCGGGCAGUAGCUUCGGUGGCGAUCAUAUGAGCCCAGCCCUUAUGCCGGCGACGGUGCGCUAUGAGGAGACGGCAUUUUACCGCCACGAGCUUGAAACGGCCAAGAAGGAAAACGACUUGCUCAAAAAGCGGGUGCGUGAGCUGGAGAAGAUCGUACGUGAGCGCCGCGAGAGCAGCGCCAGUAGACACGUGCGCAGCGAGAGCGUUAGCACCACGGCGAGCACGAAUGUUGUGCCGACAGGCGGCACCAGCAUCGCCGGGCCGCGCGACAAGGGCCGCUCCAGCGCCAGGCAGAGCGUUAUGAGCGUGGCGGUGGGCGUCCCUGAGGACGAGGUCAAGCAACCACGGGAAAUUGGAAACGGACAAUUCGUGUUCGUCGUCCUGUUUUUAGUGUUCGUCUCUUUUCAGUCCACAGCAAUUCAUGCGGUCAACCGCAGCAAGCAUCUCAUUGAACAAUCAUCAUAA